AUGGAGGCGGAGGUCGAUAAACUGGAACUGAUGUUCCAGAAAGCUGAUUCUGAUCUGGAUUGCAUUCUGUACAGGCUGGAAUAUGAAAUCAAGAACAAUCAUCCUGAUUCAGCUGGAGAGCUAUUACCACUGACUGAAGAAGAGAAAACUGCAGAAAAGCAAUUAAAGUCUCAUGUGCCAGACUUGUGA